UAAUACAUUCCAAGUAGAUUCUUCAAUUAUUCAAUGUACAAGGAGAAAGCAUGUAUCAUGUGAAAAAUUACCUCAUCAAAGUAAAAUAAGGAAAGAAGCAUAAACUCUCUAACCAAUUCAACAGGCAAAUACACAUGAACUAUGCCUUGAAAUCAAAAUAUGAAGAUACAAUAACAAUGUAGUUUUAUUUAUAUGCCAGAUCAAUGUUGCACGUACACGUCCUUAGUUGAAGGUUACACUACGUUUUUGAGAUGGUGUUAUUCAUGCUUUUUAUUUUUUGGUGUACAUACGAAGUUUCUGGCAGCACAUUAACUUUUGAAUUAGAAGACAGAGCCAAGGAGUGUUUUUAUGAAGAUGUUGAUCGGGGGACGAAUUUCACAGUUCAGUUUCAUGUAAUAUCAGGUGGGAAUUACGAUGUAGAUGCAGAAUUAAUGGAUCCCUCCAAAAAAGUGAUUUUCUCAGUUGAUCGCUCGCCUAUGCAUUCAUUUUUUGUUGAAGACGCAAGGAAAGGUGCUUAUCGAAUAUGCUUCAGUAAUUCCUUUUCGACAUUAACACACAAAAUUGUAUCACUAUCAUGGUUCAAUGGUACUGAUGAAGCUCAUUGGGCAAAUGUUGGCAGUCCAUCAAUUGAUACAACAUUAUCCGCCAGCUUAAACAAUAUACAAACAUCAGUGCAUACAGCAGUGGCACAACAAUAUGAAACACGUGUAUAUUUAACACGAUCAUUUUCUUAUGCCUUGGGGCUUAACGCUCGUGUAUUAUACUGGUCAAUAGGUCUAGCUGUAGUUAUUAUUCUCUUCAGUAUUGGACAAGUCUUUGUAUUGCGAUCAUUCUUUUCAUCACCAUCACCGAAAUCAUAUGUGAAGCCAGUUUCUAUGCCAGGUGGCACCUUUCAUACACCUGGUUUUUAAUCUUUUUGCUGUGUUAGAUGAGUAUUGUUGUUGUUGUUGUUGAAAUUCCAUUGUACAACUCUCUGCUUCUUCCGCUUAUAUUGAUCUCAGCAGUUUAUGUGAUCAGACAGUGUUUUUCUUUUAUACGAUAUUUUACUAUUCACUCUUAGAUUCGUAUGAUUAUAAUAUCUUUUUUUUUAAUUCUGAUAAACUUUGACCUUUUUUAAUUGUCUAUAAAUCAGUAUGUAUUUGAAUUUCCUUUUUCUCUCAAAGACGUGGAAUAUUACGCCAUUUUUUAAUCCUACAAUAACUGACUAACUAACUGCGUUACACACUUUGCUGCUAUUGUUUGUAUUAGUUACUUUUCUUUGUGUUUAUAUAUAUAUAUAUAUAUAUAUUGGCGGGAUAUUUUAUAUUUUUGAGUACCGGUCUUUUCCUUUUCUAGAAAAAAGAAUCAGAUUAGAGUAUUCUAUGUAACUUCUUUUUACAUUUCAAACAUUUUUACCAGGAAGAGUUUGGUAAAUUAUUAUUACUAUUGUGAUUAUGAUUAUUAUUAAUAUUAUUUGUGUUGGUUGAAAAGUCAAUAAUUGGCUA